UCCCCUCUCCAAUGCUGGCUCUGUGGCUCAGCAGGUUGCGAAAGCCCCAGGACUACAUAAAGCAUUCCCUGUCUGGGCACUGCCACCACCAUCAGCACUUGAGGUCUCAAGAGGCUCCAGGGAUCAGUACUGUCUGUAAGGGACCCUGCUGUUGUGGGCUGGGGACAACCAGGGACAGGAUGGCCCACAUGGAGAGAGCUCUGCCCUGGCUGCUGCUGCUGUCACUGGCCUUGCUGGGCAGCAGCACUGCGGAGCGCGACUGCCGAGUAAGCAACUUCAAAGUCAAGGAGAACUUCAACAAGACCAGGUACAGUGGCACCUGGUAUGCCAUGGCAAAAAAAGAUCCUGAGGGGCUAUUUCUGCAGGACAAUGUGGUAGCACAGUUCACCAUAGAUGAGAAUGGAAAAAUGACUGCCACCGCAAAGGGCAGAGUCAGACUCUUCAAUAACUGGGAUGUCUGUGCUGACAUGAUUGGCUCUUUCACUGACACAGAGGAUCCUGCCAAGUUCAAGAUGAAGUACUGGGGUGUCGCCUCUUUUCUGCAGAAAGGAAAUGAUGAUCACUGGGUAGUGGACACAGACUAUGAUACAUAUGCUCUUCAUUACUCCUGCCGCCAACUAAAUGCAGAUGGCACUUGUGCUGAUAGCUAUUCCAUUUUAUUCUCCCGGGACCCGAAGGGAUUACCUCCAGGUGCACAGAAAAUCGUCAGACAAAGGCAGAUAGACCUCUGUUUGGACAGAAAAUACAGAGUUAUCACUCAUAAUGGAUUUUGCUCUUAAGGAGAUCCAACCCUAUGGAAAGAAACCAUGUGACAGCACCACAGAUGUACAGUUAAUACACUGAUCAUGUGUUCUCUGGAAAAUGCUUUAAAUGGCUUCAUUUAGAUUUUCAGUAUAUUUAUCUGAGCUGUGUAGCUCACCUUGUCAAUAAACCAAUGAAACAUUUUAAUAAACUUGGAUUACAGGGGAAGAAAA